GACAACUUGCAGCUCCGCGUUCUACCCCAUCACUCAGUACCCUUUCCUCCUUUCCCUCCCUCGCAUGGUUGCGCCGUAGCAUGAUCCCAAAUUCUAACCACAUCUAGAGACAAUGCAUCUUGUCAAGCCGCAGUGGUUAACGCAUCCUGGUGAUCUCAAGGAUUUCGAAGUAUACAGCUGUCACGUUUCUCCAGAUGGAUCGCGUCUCGUAACUGCCGCCGGAGAUGGCUACGUACGAAUAUGGUCCACCGAGGCGAUCCUGAAUUCGAGUAACCCCGAGUACACGAAACCGAAACAAUUAGCUGCGAUCAGCCACCACUCGGGUACCAUUCACGCUGUUCGAUUCUCGCCAAAUGGGAAAUACCUGGCGUCCGGCGCGGACGACAAGAUAGUGUGUGUCUAUGCGCUGGACCCCCAUGCGCCGACACAUGUGUCUACAUUCGGAUCGAACGAACCGCCUCCGGUUGAGAACUGGCGAGUGCUCCGUCGUCUUAUCGGUCACGACAACGAUGUCCAGGAUCUCGGCUGGUCACACGACUCCUCGGUAUUGAUCUCGGUCGGGUUGGAUUCAAAAAUUGUGGUUUGGUCGGGACACACAUUCGAAAAGUUGAAGACGCUUUCUAAUCACCAGAGUCACGUCAAGGGAAUUACUUUCGAUCCCGCGAACAAGUACUUUGCAACCGCAAGCGAUGAUCGAACCAUCAAGAUUUACCGAUUCACAUCACCGCCCCCAAAUGCUACCUCACAAGAUCAAGUCAACAACUUUAUGCUUGAGCACACGAUCACGAAGCCAUUCCAAGCCUCCCCACUUACCACCUAUUUCCGCCGAUGUUCUUGGUCGCCCGAUGGAGCGCAUAUAGCCGCCGCAAACGCUACGAAUGGACCGGUCAGCUCUGUUGCAAUUGUAUGGCGUGGAACAUGGGAUGGCGACAUCAAUUUGAUCGGACACGAAGGUCCGGUGGAAGUAUGUGCGUUCUCGCCAAGGAUGUUCCACAAAGAUCCUCCAGGCCCCAACACGGUGGACGCUCAGGGGAACUCUUUGCAGGCUUCGAUGACUGUGGUGGCAUGCGCUGGCCAGGAUAAAACGCUCAGUAUCUGGAUCACGCACUUGCCACGACCGCUCACCGUCACCCAGGAGCUGGCGAUGAAGUCGAUAUCUGAUCUGGCCUGGGCCCCCAACGGAGAGACACUGUACAUUACGAGCUUGGAUGGAAGUAUCAUGUGCAUGAUGUUUGAGCCGGGUGAGUUGGGCUAUCCGGCAUCUCUUGCGGAGAACGAAAAGUCGCUGUCCAAAUUUGGAGCGGGAAGGAGAGUUGGCAUUGUGGAGGGCACUGAUGCAUUACUCCUCGAGGAAAGCAGCAAGGCAGGCGAACUCAAAGGUGUACAGGGUAGAAUGGGAGCCCUCAUGGGCGAUGGCGGUGCUGUUCAACCUGCACCUACACUCAAUGGAACGAACGGUACCAAUGGCACAACACCGGCGCUCACAAAUGGGUCCGCCGCCGCUACAGCCGCCCCGACUCCACAACCUACAGCCCCGGCUGAGCCGCCAGUCGACCAACGAGUCGAGAAGUUGAAACAGCGAGUCACUGUCACUAAGGAUGGCAGAAAGCGCAUAGCUCCAAUGCUUGUUUCUUCCGCAUCAGGUAUCGGCGAAUCAUCUCUUCCCCAGACACAGCUCGUUUCUGCAACUGCUGUGGGUGGUGCACGAAGUGAUAAUCCACACAACAUUUUAGAUCUCUCGAAGCCGUAUGAUGGGUAUCCUAAGGGGGGCCUAGCAUCGAUGCUUAUCGGGAACAAGAGAAAAUAUGCAGAAAUCGAAGGUGAUGAGGAUCGCCAGGUUCAAAGACGACUCGAGGCAUCGGCAAAGAAUGGGGGAGCUGCGAUUGUUAUGAAUGGAGAGAACGGACUUAUCCCACCCGCGGCAGCUGCGCCGAAAGCAGAGGCUGAGGUGUCUAAAGUCCUCCGUCCUGCAAUUGUCAAUCCUUCAUUAAGCAUUAGCCAAGUCCGUUUAGCUAUACCGAAGGUCCGGAGCGUCAUUGUUCGAACAAUGGACGGUAGCGAUCCUGCGCCCUCCUCUGACGCUCCAGGUGCGGGUAAAGGAGAUAACGCAGACACUGUGUUGUUAGAGGCCAGGAAUGCCACAGGACCAUCUCGAACAGGACGAUCUAUAGAUCACGACCCAGCAAGGAUAAAUUGCACCAAGAAAGGGCAAUCGCUCUGGCAAGACUUCCUCCCUAAGGCCGUUCUUCUCGUUACAGGAAAUCCCAACUUCUUCGCUGCGGCCUGUGAGGAUGGCGCGGUCUACGUCUGGACACCAGCUGGUCGCCGGUUACUCAACGCCAUGAUCAUGGAGGCACAACCUGUUAUCAUGGACUGCCGAGGAUGGUGGCUGAUGUGCAUAACAGCAGUGGGCAUGUGCUAUGUCUGGAACCUAAAGACUCUUUCAGCGCCGCAUCCACCCAUCUCACUCGCUCCCGUGUUGGAUAUCGCAGUCUACACCCAAGGACCGCAUGUGACUCGAUCGCCUGGCAUCAUCUUCGCCCGCCUAAACACAGAAGGUCGGAUAAUCGUCGCAUUGUCCAACGGUGAUGGAUACUCAUAUAGUCCCACUAUGUUCGUAUGGCAGAGAUUAUCAGAACCCUGGUGGGCUGUUGGGAGUCAAUACUGGAACACCACCGAUUCGUCUGUCGGCAACAUCAAAUCGUCCAACGACAAGGAGCCGGCGAAGGAAUCGAACGACAAAGUUUCGAUCGAGAACGUAUCCGCCGGCAUCAUUCCCAUGUUGGAGCGCAACACAACGAAUCAAUUCCUCCUGCAGGGCCGAGCCUUCUAUCUGCAGCGACUCAUCAAGGCUCUCAUUUCCGCAGAAGGCUAUGAGAGCUUCGAGGCUUGCGUGUCGGUGGCCCAUUUGGAAAACCGACUCGCCGCAGCGAGAGCAUUGGGCGCCAGAGAGGAGUUCAAGAUCUACCUAUCCAUGUAUGUCAAGCGUAUUGGAGCGGAAGGACUCAAAGGGAAGAUUGAGGAACUCCUUCGAAGCCUCACUGGCGAUCUCUUCGCCGAGGACGAAGAGAACGAGGAUACGAAUGAGGCAAAGGAGGAGGAGAUAAUCUGUGGAUGGAAGAGGGAAGACCUUCUCAAGGAGGUUAUACUAAUACUGGGUAAACAUCGUGAUCUCCAGCGCAUAACAGUACCAUACGCACGCCUACUUGGCAUCGUGAACAACAAGGACACCCGCGAUGAACAGGCAAUGAUCACCGACAUGUAAAACCAAUACCCCUCCUCCUUUUCUUACUUUGUUCUUUGGGGUCUACCACUUUCUCUUCUCCUUCUCCAACUUUUGAUUAGGAAAGCAUGGCGCUCAUUGGCGUUCUGUCGGCGUUGUGGGAAGGAAAGGCUAUGGGAAACGGGGGAUCCAUUAAUCGAUCGUCAUUGGAGGGGAACAAAAGGGAAUUUCUUGUGUGCUUUUAAGUCAGGGACUGACUGCCUUUCCAUAUCCUGUGUAGAUUAUAUGGUGUUCUGUGGGUAACAAUACGUCUUGGUGAACGUAGAUAGCACUACGGGCGUGAAUAUCAAAAUCC